AUGCAACCAGUGGUGCAAUGUACUGACCAUAUGUUCCCUAUAAGAGUGCACUGGCAUGUUAUGCAAAGUUACACAGUACUGGAGGAUGAUAUUGGAGUGUUUAAUGGGAUUCAGUUUUACAAUGAGAUGCUGCUCCAGGCUGGCGCAAAUGGAAAUCUACAGACAGAAAUCUUACGGCAUAAAGAUACAGGGAUUUUCAGUUUCAGAGAGGGGUGGGCAUUUCCCAAGAAGAUUUCAAUCAAUGGUGAACAAUGUGUAUUGCCCUCACCUCAAGAUCACUCUAGGCUUUUAAAUGCUGCUUCCAAGUCUUGUGCACCGGCAACUUCCCGUAUAAUUCUUUCACUAUUGCUGCUGCAGCGCUGCUAG